AUGGAACUUUUACUGGCUGCCACAGAGCAGCAGAUACCAAACAUGGGGCUGUCUUUCCAAAAGAAACGAAAUUCCGUCCAAUACCUUCAACCUUUACUACUCCCCGAUUCACCAGACUUGUCUGCUUUGCAUUCUAACCAGCAAAUGAUUUGGACAGUUCCGCAGCAGCAAAUCCACUCAUAUGCAGAGACUAAUAUGCACCUUUCGCCUGCUUCAUGCAACAUCAACAAUCGAAUCUCACCCAUUUAUAAUGACCAUUCUGCUAGUUUUGCUACUCCACAAUCACUUGAUAGCAGCCAAUUCAAUACGAGUACCAAACAUGUAGAUGUGGAUGCAUCGCAAACAUUAAUGUCUAAAUCUCGACCAAUAUCAAGAGCUGUCCAUUCCAUUUCUCAAUUGCCUUGUAAUGUUUUAUUUCAUUCGCGUACUCAAACCGAACAAUGCAAACCAUUCACUCAGCUAUUGCCCAGUAUUGCUACACUGUUCAAGGACAUUCCAGUAACACCCCCUGAUGUAGCUUUGCGUAGACCCAGUAUUGAGCGUCUUCCUCUGCCUAUAUCAAUGCAGCUGCCUUUGGCUCAAAUCUCUGAGUUCCCCCCACCAAAACAGCAUUUUCAACACAAACAAAUUUCACAGCACCAACACCAGAAAGUAACGCAGUCUUUGUCGUGUUCGCUGGCUUUGCAUGUGGCUACAAACCGUUCGCGUGAGUCUUUCAUGUGGAAAAGUCCGACCAUGCUAGUAGCUGCUCCACAACACAUGGAUAAGAAUGGGUCUACACAACAACAAUUUCAACUCCGCCCAAUACUUUCGUCCUCUACCACCAAGACCACACAGUCAACUCCUACAUCCGCUGCCACACAUAUCGAAGCGCCUGCUCUUUCCAGGCAGCAGGAACAAUCUGUUCAGGCGGACAGAUGUUCUUUGCGCCGUCAGCAACCUUUGCUCGAAGCGCGUCGUAGAUGUUCACUUCAAGCACAGGCUAUUCGUACCACCAAAGAACACAGUUCGUCUUGCCACCCAUAUGCUGUGGGAAGAUUACCUCAAGUACCAAUGUACGCUCGUUCUGCUCCUGAUCAUAUUCAGGAAAAACAUAUGUAUCAGCAUUCUUUAAAGGUUAAUAAGCGUACCAACUUUCCUAAAUCUUCCAAGCAUGGGCGUCCACGUAAGACACUUCCAAUCAGCUUUCAGCUUCUCUCAUCGGCAUCCCCUAUCGCUGUAUCAAAUCCGUUCAUUAGAUCCAUGGAGACUAUGCAUGAUGUAUCUUCUAAAUUCAAUCCCAUAUACGCAACAGAGACUCAGUCUGCCAAGUACCAACAGCACUUUAAUAAAACAUAUCGGCAUGGAUACGAGCACUCUGAAAUGGCCAAGACUGCGGUAGCCUAUAAUAAUGUGUCAAAUAUUCCUAGUAAUCAGAGGCUAAAGCCUGUAUAUCACUACAGUUACGAUCAAGGAUCACAGCAAAAAUUAACUUUCCAACAACAAAAUCGCCAGCAGAUAGUUGGUGAGAAAGAUAUUUUGAAUAGCGACAAGCGCGAACGUCAGAUUUUCAUGGGGCAGACUCCAAGCAUAGCGCAGUCACAGUAUCAGAAACUUCAGCUGCAGCAUCAGCAAGACCAAUAUAAGCAACAGCUUUUCCUACGUCAUGAGCAGCCUGUUCAGAUGCAGUAUGAUUGCGAAUCUGUCAAUUAUAAGCAGGGUACUAUGUCAUCAUUGUCAUCAUCAUUUACUGCUGCAGAUGAUAGUGUAAAUAAAACCAUUCAUUUUAAUGCCCAGCAGCAACGAAUUCAGAUGCAUUAACAUGGCAAGGCUAAAGUCAUGGACAGUAUCUGGCUCUGCUCAUCAACACCCAAACAUGCCAGCUAUUGUGCAGAUUCUCAAAGCAAGAAUAUUGUCUAUAUAUGAUCUAUAUGCUAGCGUUGGGGUUGAUUGUAUAUAUUUGAUUUGUUUAUAUCGCUCGUUCGCAGUAAUGUUUUGGCUAUUCUGUCUAUCAGGCGUUCGAGUGCAAGCAUGAUGGUAUCACUGAUGAUCAGAAUUGCUCAAACCUCACACCUUUUCAGCUUUUAUAUAAAUACUCGUUACAUAUUUCAUUCAAAUAAAUAUAAGCUUUUCAUUAUUG